CACAAUAGAAAUGUCACAACAAAUUACAAACUCCACGUGCUUUCUUAGAAAGUUUUCCAUUCAAUUUCGCUCAAUUGUGGCUAUUCCUUGAGGAUCUCCGCACUCUCCAGGUGUAAAGGAAUACGUGAACAGAAUGGUGGUCUUCACAUGUAAUCACUGUGGUGAGAGUUUGAAGAAGCAAGCUGUGGAAAAGCACUACAAGUGGCAGAAGUGCCAGGGUGCUCCGGUCUUUCUCACAUGUGUCGAUUGCCUCAAGGAUUUCCGGCAGGAUGAAUAUGUGGGACAUAUAAAAUGCAUCUCUGAAGCGGAAAGGUACUACGGCAAGGAUUAUCAAGCAAAACCAUCGCAGAAUAAGGGGCAAAAGAAGCAGGAAGCAUGGACGGAUAUAAUUCAGAGUGUUCUUCAGCGUGAUGAUCUCUCCACGAGACUCCGUGGGGUUCUGCAUACAUUGACAAAACAUCAGAAUGUCCCACGUAAAAAGCCCAAAUUUCUCAAUUUCAUGAAGAAUGUCUCCAAGCAGACAUCAGAAUACGAUGCCACGAGAAUCUUUGAUCUAAUUGAGGAAGCUUUCCAGAAGGCAAAGGAGGUACCAAAUGGGGAAUCUUCCAGCAAUGUAAAAGACAAAAAGACCACUGCAAAUGGCCAUGAGACGUCUGAGAAUGGCGAGAAUGGCAAUGAAGCUAAGGAGAAUGGAGAUUCCGAGGAGGUUCAGGAACAUUCUUUAGAAGACAAGAAGGAAAGUAACAGCAAAACUGAUAAAAAUGAGAAUGGAUUGGAAAAAAUCGCCCAAGAAGGGGAGCCACCCAAGAAGAAAAAGAAAAAGAAUAAAAACCCGGAGCCCAGCGAGCAGCUAUUGGAGCAUAAGGCUCCAGAGGCUUCAGUAGAUGAUGCAGUUGUAGGUGAUGUCCAGGAACAGGAAGAGAAGCCUAAGAAAAAACGAAAGAAGCAAGAAAACGGAGAUGCAGUGCAUGAUGAAAGUGUUCAGGAAGCUGCAGAGCCCAAGAUUCCAACAGAUAAUGGGGUAACGGAUAAUGUUCAGGAACAGGAAGAGAAGCCCAAGAAAAAACGGAAGAAGCAAGAAAACGGAGAUGCAGUGCAGGAUGAAAGUGUCCAGGAAGCUAUGGAACCCAAAAAGAAGAGGAAAAAGCAGCAGACCACUGAAGAUGUUGUAGAGGAGAAUAUGGAAAACAGCGAAAAGAUUCCAGAACAAAAAGAGUCUCCUGCCAAGACCAAAAAAAGGAAGGAAGUUAUGAAAUCAAUCAAAGAAUCUGAUGCAAAUCAAGUAAGUUUCCCCUGGAUGGAAACUAUAAGGAAAAUCUUGGAGAAGGCGGAAGGUAAUAUUUCGAAAGAGAAAUUGAAGAAACGUCUUCUGAAGAAAUAUCUAAAAUUGUAUCCGGAAUGUACGAGAAUUGAGAAAACAAUUGAUAUCGUGAUGUCCCGGAGGCUGCGGAAGAUAAAGGACGUCUCUGUGGAAGAUGGUUUGGUAACACUAAAGGCAUAAAAAGAGAUGCGCAACAAAAAAUAUGCCCAAAUUGGUAGAGAAUGAGAAAUUAUUGCUACGAUCAUCAUUGGCACAUUUAAAUGGAAGAUGAAAUAAAAUGUAAAACAUGAUUUUAACGAC